CCCCCAGCUGAGUAUCACGUGACGUGACAGCCAGCAGUAUGGCGGCAGUCGGCUGAGAUUAGCCCGAACCUAGCUAGCCCAAAAUAAAAAUAAAUAAAAAAAUAAAUAAAAAAAGGUUUCGAUAGCUAGCUCGCCUUUGUCGAUUCCUGCCCUUCUCCGCAGGGGGGAGGCCGGGCGCGACAUGACAGCCUGACUUUACGAAGGAGACAUGCAAGGAGAAGACGACUUUAAGGCAGAGAGCAGCAAGACCAAGACUAUGUUUCUCUCCCGGGCGCUGGAGAAGAUCCUCUCCGAUCGGGAGGUGAAGAGAAGUCAACACAGUCAGCUGCGGAAAGCCUGCCAAGUGGCGCUAGAUGAAAUCAAGGAGGAGCUUGAAAAACAAAAGGAUGGCACGGUGGUCCCGCCGAGAGCCAACUACAUCGAGGCUGACAAAUACGUGCUGCCCUUUGAGCUGGCCUGUCAAUCAAAGUCGCCCCGUAUAGUUAGCACUUCUUUGGACUGCCUGCAGAAGCUAAUAGCGUAUGGCCACAUCACGGGGAACGCUCCGGACAGUUGGACACCUGGCAAGCGACUGAUGGACCACCUGGUGGAGACCAUCUGUAACUGCUUUCAGGGUCCGCAGACGGACGAAGGAGUGCAGCUUCAGAUCAUCAAGGCCCUGCUGACGUCUGUCACGUCUCCGCACAUCGAGAUCCACGAGGGGACGGUCCUCCUCACGGUCAGAACGUGCUACAACAUCUACCUGGCCAGCCGCAACCUCAUCAACCAGACCACCGCCAAGGCUACGCUCACGCAGAUGCUCAACGUCAUCUUCACGCGAAUGGAAAACCAGGCUGCUCUGGAGGCUCAGGAGCAAGAAAAGGAGCACCUACGUUUGCCCCAAAACACCCCGUCUCCAGUGCCUGGUGACCGAAGGUCCGGUUCUCCCCGCUCCGACAGGACGCCGUCCCCGGAACCUCCGGGUUCCCUGUCCCCUGCAGCCAGUACUCCGGAUGUCAGCGCCAUUAGCUCGUCACCUCCACCCGUACAGGACACGCCGACUGUUAAUGGAGACCCAGAGGACAGUCCUGUUCCUGAGCAUGAAGCAGAAGAGGUCACGCCAUCGAGAGAUUCUGUUUUCGAGGACGUAACCACUGAAGAACCUCCAGCAGACGAAAACGAAGGGUCGGAGGUUAUUGAAGAUGAGGCCGCACAGAUUGGAGACCACGCCCCAGCCCAGCACACACAAGUAGUAGCCCCCCCUAGCGUCGACCCAGAGACGCGGCAGAUGAACGGCGUCAUUGAAGACCGCACGUCUGUUUCUUCAGCAGACAUGCUGGAUGCUGAGGUCCUUCAAGGACCGCACUCCCGUUUCUCUCAUAUCCUGCAGAAGGAUGCAUUUUUGGUCUUUCGCUCACUCUGCAAACUUUCCAUGAAGCCCCUUGCUGAAGGACCCCCGGACCCAAAGUCCCACGAGUUGCGCUCCAAGAUCGUGUCGCUGCAGCUGCUGCUGUCGGUGCUGCAGAGCGCCGGGCCCGUGUUCCGCACCCACGACAUGUUCGUCAACGCCAUCAAGCAGUACCUGUGCGUGGCGCUGUCCAAAAACGGAGUCUCCUCUGUGCCCGAGGUGUUCGAACUGUCGCUGGCCAUCUUCCUCACUCUGCUGUCACACUUUAAGGUCCACCUGAAGAGGCAAAUCGAGGUUUUUUUUCGGGAGAUUUUCCUCACAAUCCUGGAGACGUCAACAAGCUCUUUUGAGCACAAGUGGAUGGUCAUCCAGACGCUAACACGCAUCUGUGCAGACGCCCAAUGCGUGGUGGAUAUCUACGUCAACUACGACUGUGACCUUAACGCCGCCAACAUCUUUGAGCGCUUGGUCAACGACCUGUCCAAAAUAGCACGAGGCAGGAGUGGUCAGGAGCUGGGCAUGACUGCUUUGCAGGAGCUCAGCCUUCGUAAGAAGGGCUUAGAGUGUCUGGUGUCCAUCCUUAAAUGUAUGGUGGAGUGGAGCAAAGACAUGUAUGUCAACCCAAACCUCCAGGCCAACCUUGGCCAGGAUCCUCCGUCAGAGAACGACACAUCCGAGUUAAAGCUUCCGGAUCAGCUGGUCGGACGCAGGGACAGUGUCGGCUCCUUGGACUCCACGGUGUCCUCAGGAGUCCCGCCCUCUCAUCUGGACCACCCAGAGCAGUACGAGGUCAUCAAACAGCAGAAGGACAUCAUCGAGCACGGCAUCGAACUAUUUAACAAAAAGCCAAAACGAGGCAUCCAGUACCUUCAGGACCAGGGCAUGUUGGCCUCCACUGCUGAGAACAUUGCAGAAUUUCUUCACAAGGAGGACAGAUUGGACACGACCCAGGUCGGCGAGUUCCUGGGUGAGAACAUCAAGUUCAACAAGGAGGUGAUGUACGCCUACGUGGACCAGCUGAAUUUCUGCGGGGGGGACUUUGUGUCUGCCCUACGAGUCUUCUUGGAAGGCUUCCGGCUGCCGGGCGAAGCCCAGAAGAUCGACAGGCUGAUGGAGAAGUUUGCUGCUCGAUACCUGGAGUGCAACCAGGGACAAACUCUGUUCGCCAGUGCAGACACCGCUUACGUGCUGGCAUACUCCAUCAUUAUGCUCACCACAGACCUGCACAGUCCUCAGGUGAAGAACAAGAUGACGAAGGAGCAGUACAUCAAGAUGAACCGCGGCAUCAACGACAGUAAAGACCUGCCUGAAGAGUAUCUGUCCUCCAUAUACCACGAGAUUGCCGGCAAAAAGAUCGCAAUGAAGGAGAGCAAGGAGUUCUCCAUCACGCCCAAGUCCAACAAGCAGAGUGUGGCGAGCGAGAAGCAGCGUCGCCUGUUGUACAACAUGGAGAUGGAGCAGAUGGCCAAGACCGCCAAAGCUCUGAUGGAGGCUGUCAGCCACGCUCAGGCGCCGUUCUUCAGCGCCACACACCUGGAGCACGUCAGACCCAUGUUCAAGCUGGCAUGGACCCCCCUAUUAGCAGCAUUCAGUGUGGGCCUUCAGGACUGUGACGACCCAGACGUGGCCUCGCUGUGUCUGGAGGGCAUUCGAUGCGCCAUCAGGAUUGCCUGCAUUUUCAGCAUGCAGUUGGAGCGCGACGCCUACGUCCAAGCCUUGGCCAGGUUCACCCUGCUGACCGCCAGCUCCAGCAUCACGGAGAUGAAGCAGAAGAACAUCGACACCAUCAAGACCCUCAUCACUGUGGCUCACACGGAUGGAAACUACCUGGGCAACUCCUGGCACGAGAUCUUGAGGUGUAUCAGUCAACUGGAACUGGCUCAGCUGAUCGGCACGGGGGUGAAGACGCGCUACAUAUCAGGAGUGGUUCGGGACAAGGAGGCCGGCAUCAGGGGCUUGCCCUCGGGCACAGAGGAAUUCAUGCCUCUCGGGCUGGGUAACCUGGUGGGCAAUCAGGACAGGCGUCAGAUGGCUCACCUGCAGGAGUCUGUGGGAGAGACAAGCUCUCAAAGUGUUGUUGUAGCUGUGGACAGGAUUUUUACUGGUUCUACCAGACUGGAUGGAAAUGCCAUAGUGGACUUUGUGAGGUGGCUGUGCGCCGUGUCCAUGGACGAGCUGGCCUCCACCCACCAGCCCAGGAUGUUCAGCCUGCAGAAGAUAGUGGAGAUCUCCUACUACAACAUGAACCGCAUCAGGCUACAGUGGUCUCGGAUCUGGCAGGUUAUCGGUGACCACUUCAACAAGGUUGGCUGCAACCCCAAUGAGGACGUGGCUAUCUUCGCAGUGGACUCCCUGAGGCAGCUUUCCAUGAAGUUCUUGGAAAAAGGAGAGUUGGCCAAUUUCCGCUUCCAGAAAGACUUCCUUAGGCCUUUUGAGCACAUCAUGAAGAAAAACAGGUCUCCCACUAUCCGAGACAUGGUGAUCAGGUGUGUGGCUCAGAUGGUCAACUCCCAGGCGGCCAACAUCCGUUCAGGCUGGAAGAACAUCUUCUCUGUAUUUCACCAGGCUGCUUCCGACCACGAUGGGUCCAUCGUGGAGCUCGCCUUCCAGACCAGCGGCCACAUCGUCAUGAACACCUUCAGGGAGCACUUUGCCGCCGCCAUCGAUUCCUUCCAGGACGCGGUCAAGUGCCUGUCGGAGUUUGUCUGCAACGCAGCGUUUCCCGACACCAGCAUGGAGGCCAUCCGACUCAUCCGCCACUGCGCCAAAUACGUCUCAGAGAGGCCGCAGGCUCUGAGGGAAUACACCAGUGACGACAUGAACGUUGCCCCCGGCGAUCGGGUUUGGGUGCGCGGCUGGUUCCCCAUUCUGUUUGAGCUGUCUUGUAUCAUCAACCGCUGCAAGCUGGAUGUGCGGACCAGAGGUCUCACUGUCAUGUUUGAGAUCAUGAAGAGUUACGGGCACACCUUCGAGAAGCAUUGGUGGCACGACCUCUUCCGCAUCGUCUUCCGUAUUUUUGACAACAUGAAGCUCCCCGAGCAGCAAACAGAGAAAACCGAGUGGAUGACGACCACAUGCAACCAUGCCUUGUACGCCAUUUGUGACGUCUUCACGCACUUUUACCAGCCUCUCAGUGAGAUCCUGCUGGCCGACAUUUUUACACAACUGCAGUGGUGUGUCAGACAAGAUAACGAGCAGCUAGCCCGGUCAGGAACCAACUGCCUGGAGAACCUGGUCAUCCUUAACGGCGAGAAGUUCAGCCCAGAAGUGUGGGACAUCACCUGCUCCUGCAUGCUGGAGAUCUUCCAGAACACCAGCCCUCAGGUCUUGUUGACAUGGCGGCCGGCUGGACAGGAGGACGACGCCGCUGCUGAUGCUAAACACUUUGAUGUAGAUUUUGACAGCCAGUCUCAGAGCAGCUUUGACCGAACACUUUCUGACAGAGGACACAGCCAGAUGUCCAGUGACGACACCUGGAAGGCCAAAUCCAACGCUAGACAGUCGGACCACAAGCUGUUCGCAGGUCUGCUCAUCAAAUGUGUGGUCCAGUUGGAGCUUAUCCAGACCAUAGACAACAUCGUCUUCUACCCGUCCACGAGCAAGAAAGAGGACGCUGACAACAUGGCCGCCGCACAGCGUGACGCAGUGGAAGAGUGUUUGACGGACGGAGGAGACGCUUCUUGCGAUGAGGGCAUGUACAGACUCAUGACUUCGGCUCACCUCUUCAAGCUGCUGGACUGUCUUUUGGAGUCGCACAGCUUCGCCAAGGACUUCAACUCCAACAAUGAACAGAGGACGGCCCUGUGGAGGGCAGGCUUUAAAGGAAAGUCCAAGCCCAAUUUGCUGAAGCAGGAAACCAGCAGUCUGGCCUGCAGCCUGAGGAUUUUAUUCAGAAUGUAUUCCGAUCCAAAACUGCAGGACUCUUGGCCGGACAUCCAAACACGCCUCCUGCUGGUGUGCAGUGAAGCUUUGUCGUACUUCAUCGGUUUGACUUCUGAGAGUCACAGAGAAGCUUGGAACAGCUUACUCAUGCUGCUGCUCACCAGGACGCUCAGGAUGCCCGACCACAAGUUCAAGCUGCACGCUUCCUGUUACUUCUCCCACCUGUGUGAGAUGAUGCAGUUCGACCUGAUCCCCGAGCUGCGAGCCGUCCUGAGACGCUUCUUCCUGCGCAUCGGCUCCGUCUUCCACAUCUCCGCCCCCGGAGACGGACACUAAUAAAGACACUCGUUAGUGGGCUCCUUCUCCUUCUGGUCCCAGAUACUUGACACAAAAAACUUCACUUGCUCUCUUCUGGCCGCCUGUGCCUGUUGUCGUCGUCGUCGUCAUCGUCCUCUUUUUUCUUGUCUUUUUUUGUGUCAUCAUCAUGCUCACUUUUAACAUCUCAAUGUUUAUUUUCCAUCUCACCUCAGUGUUAUUGCCUUCUGUGCGUGUGUGCGUGCGUGUGUGUGUGUGUGUGUGUGCGUGUGUGCGUGUGUGUGUGUGUGUGUGUGAUGUGUCAGCUCUCUGACAAGAGCAGCGUGUGAUCCUCACUGCAGUGUUGACCAGUGUCUUGUUUACGAGACGGCGUUGCGUUCACAGUCUGCUGGGACAUUCGGGCGUUAGUUUGGCGUCACGAGCAAAUAUGACGUUUAUGUCUCGGCGGCAGCGCCUUGUGUUCCCAAAAAAUGCAAAAGUCCCCCAGAAUAACUCGUAAAGACGUCAAACUUGCCAGUAUGUUAAGUCCAUGCCUUUAUUAUUAUUUUUUUUUUAAACAAAAUAAUGUAUAAUUAUUUAAAAGUGCAUUUAAAUAUUUGUUUUCUGAGAAUCAUUCCUUUCUUUGCAAUGAUGGGUGUCUUAAUUUUCUUCCCUAAAAACUAGGGAAUCUAUAAAUAUAUAUACAUAUAUAUAUAUAUAAAUGCAAAAAAAAAUGCAGACUGUGGAGUUUGCGGUGUAUUAUUCAAUGUAAAAUAUACCAUAGACAUGUUACAAAAACACCAUAUGGUUCUAUUAUGUUGUGAUGUGAUCUUUGCGCAUUUGAUGAAGUCAUCAAUAAACUGGAUUUCUGAUCAA